AUGGAGAAGGAACUGGUGAUAGCCAAGAGAAAUUCAUCUAUGCGAAAGCUUUUGGUGGGACUGAUGGCCAUCGGGCUUCUAGCAUACGUUGCGGUAAUAAGUCCGUCGGGAAGGUUCCAUAUGACUCGAGACCGAGGUAUAGAACAUCGUUUUGAGGUUGAACAGCUUGAAAAUGAACUUGAAGCAUCACAGCAGCUCUUGGAGUUGGGAUUGACUCCGAGAGUACCCAUAAAGGUUGUCACAAACAGCGGCAAGAUGGUGAAAAAACUUCACGGUAGGUUUUUGCACAUUACAGACAUACACCCUGACCCUUACUACUCUGAAGGAUCUUCUGCAUCGUCCGUUUGUCAUCGUGGCAAGCCGGAUGGCAAGCACGAUGAAGCCGUGAGGUUUGGAGUGGCCAUGGCCGGAUGCGACUCAUCCAUGGACCUGAUGGACUACACUUUCAAGUGGAUCGACGAAAACUUGAGAGAUCAGAUUGACUUCGUCAUUUGGACCGGUGACAAUAUUCGGCAUGAUAACGAUCGAUCUUAUCCCAGAACAGAGGCUCAGAUAUUUGAUCUUAACGAGUUGGUCUCCAAGAAAUUUCAAGAGGUGUUCCGGAGGAAGGGUAGCGUAGACCCUAGAGAUUUUGACGUAAAUGUCAUUCCAAGUCUGGGCAAUAAUGAUGUCUUUCCUCACAAUCUUUUCGCACUUGGGCCAACACUGCAGACGAGAGAAUUUUACAAUAUCUGGAGCAACUUCAUUCCUCAAGAGCAACAGCGUGCAUUUGCUAGAGGCACCUCUUUCUUCGUCGAAGUGAUCCCUGGUAAACUCGCUGUGCUUUCACUAAACACUUUAUAUCUCUACAAGGCCAACCCUCUAGUGGAUAACUGCAACUCAAAGAAAGAGCCUGGGUACCAAAUUUUACUAUGGUUAGGGUACGUGUUGGAAGAAUUAAGGGCAAGAGGGAUGAAAGUAUGGCUUUCAGGACAUGUCCCCCCUCUUUUGAAGAAUUUUGAUCAGAGCUGUUACGAUAAAUUCACAUUGUGGACUCAUGAAUACCGGGAUGUUAUAAUCGGUGGGGUUUAUGGGCAUAUGAAUAUAGAUCAUUUCAUCCCGACCGAUAGUAAAAAAGCGUGGAAGUCGAUAGGAGCUUCAGAGCUAGUUGAGAAUCAACUAAAGCUUGACGAAUACAAUUUUAAGGAACGCGUAGAUGGUGAUCAUGACGAUGAAGAUGACGACGAUGAUGAUUCUUUCUUGGAGGCUGCUAUGGCAGCAAGCGAUGCACGCAUAAUGGGUGCCAAACCUGUGAACAAAGACGCAUAUAUGCAAGCAGUGCGUCGAACUUACUACGACAAGAUUGCAUCAAGGUUCUCUGAAGCCUCAGAGGAGAAGAAUAAGAAGAAAACCAAAAAGAACAAAAAGAACAAAGCCAACAAGGACAAGAAUAUGGAAAGAUAUGGAAUAGUAAAUGUGGCAGCAUCUGUAAUUCCUACUUUCAAUCCAGGUUUCAGAGUGUGGGAGUACAAUAUAUCUGGCUUAGAUGCCUUGUCUGAAUCAAAUGUGUAUGAGCAUAGGCCAUGGGACGAAUUUUUCGAAGAAAUGGAAUAUAAGCUAUCCAGAGAUCUUGCUGAAGAUGAUGAUCAGUCAGGUUUUAUCAAUAGUGCAUUAGAGGUGUUCAAGGGCGCGAAAAAGUCUAAACGGAAAGUUGACAAGACUAUACCUGAGAAAAUGCCAAAAGAUCUUCAAGCAGGCCCCGGAUACACACCUCAACUGUUUUCUCCAACGAGAUUUGUUCAAUAUUAUGCCGACUUAAAAGGUAUCGAUAGAAAAUACAAAACUGUCUUGGAAUCGGGGGUAAGCAGGGACGAGGCCGCCGAUAAGGCCUUUAAAUACGAAGUGGAGUACACUUCUGACUCAGAUCCCUACCCCAUGAAGUCUCUACUGACAAAAGACUACAUAGACUUAGCAGUCAGGCUAUCCGAGGACGACAAGCUGUGGAGGGUCUUUUCUGAAAGGGCUUUCUGUUCCUCUGGCUACAAAGAUUAG